UGGAACAUGCGCAAUCGAAUAUUCCAAUUUGUCAUUCUCCUUCUCCAGGGUGACAGCCAGAAAAGGACAAGACGAAGAACUUGAGCUUUUCCUUUUACCCAGCAUUAGCUCACCCUUUCAAAAUUUCAAGAUGGCUGAUCAGACCGAGCGGUCUUUUCAAAAACAACCUACUAUAUUUCUGAACCGAAAAAAAGGACUCGGUCCGAAAUCACGUAAGCCUGCGCGAUACACCCGCAACGUAGGUCUGGGCUUCAAAACGCCCCGUGAGGCUAUUCAAGGUACUUACAUUGAUAAAAAAUGUCCGUUUACCGGAAAUGUGUCAAUCAGAGGACGUAUUCUAACGGGAGUUGUUCAAAAAAUGAAGAUGCAGAGAACUAUUGUUAUCCGACGUGAUUAUCUUCAUUAUAUUCGCAAAUACAACAGAUUUGAGAAAAGGCAUCGCAACAUGAGCGUGCACUUGAGUCCUUGUUUCAGAGAUGUUGAAAUCGGAGACGUUGUUACGAUCGGAGAAUGCCGACCGCUCAGCAAAACUGUCAGAUUCAAUGUUCUCAAGGUCACCAAGGGGACUGGAUCGAAAAAAAGCUUUAAGAAAUUUUAGAGCUAGUUAAUUAAUAAGUUAAAAAAUAAAAAGAGUUGAAAAAAUUUUUUUAUUGAAA